CUUCAGUACGGGUAGUACAGUUCCGCAUCAAGCUAUUCUUGCGUCUCGAGCAUUUCUUCUCAGAAGGACGUCUCGUUUUCCCAACAUGCUUGCCAGUAGUUUUUCUCAACAGCAGCCGUCGCUGGACUCGCUGUCUAUGUGCGAGUAUUGCGGUGCCGCCUCCAUCGACCUCUGGAAAGCAACCACCUGUGAGCAUUACGUAUGCAAGGAGUGUUUACUGAACAACGAACCUUCGCAAGCCCCUCGAUGUACUCGCUGCAACGGAAACAGUACCUUGCUCUGUCCUGGUACAAUAUUUGGCUGCAAGUAUCAGACGACCAUCCCUCAUAACUGUCUGGACCACUUCCGAACCUGCCCUCGACGUCCGACGCCGUGCCCCAACGAGUGUUCUUCCAUCGUCCCCAACACCGACCUACCAAAGCACUUGACCGAUGAGUGUUCCAUGCGUACGCAGGAGUGCCGUUUCUGCUACGGGAACUAUUUCGUCUCCGAGAUUGGGAAUCACUUGAAGGACUGUCAGGAUUACCCACUCUCGUGUCAGUACUGCAACCAAGAGAACAUUCGACGUGGCAGCUUUGAAGAGCAUGGCUUCGGUUGCCGCAAGACACCGAAGCUCUGCAAGAUGGCCGCUUUCGGAUGUACAUUCAAGGCAGGCGAUGACGAAAUGGAACGUCAUAUGACGCUCGAGAAACACGCGUUUUGCAUGCAUGAGAUGAAGGUUCAACUGAAUAGCAUGGAACGGGAACUCCGCCGGGUGCGUGAACAGGGCAAUCGUGAAAAACAGGAACGACAAAAAGGAGAGGAGAAACAGAGGAAGGAAGCCAGAAUUGCAGACGAAGAGACGAGGAAGCUCCGGAAGGACAUGGAUAAUUUUUUGCAACAUUUUAACUCAAGCUGGGAAAAUCAGUGCUGGGAAGAAUCGUUUAGUUGUUCUUUUUCUUCAAGUACAUUCAUGGACUUGGAUAGCCUAACGGACAAAAUUGUAUCGUCUGAAGGCUUUGAUGUAUUUGCUUCAAAGGUUCGGGACCGCGUAGGAUCAAUGGUGGCCCAGGGAGGCCAGACGGAUGCCUCCACCGUGUGCAUGCGGGAUGCAGCACUCAAGUUCCUUCAAGACCGGCACGACGAUACUUUGUCGCAGUGAGAAGAAGAAGUGCAACUGUUAUUGACCAACUUCUAUGUCUUCUGCAGGUAUCGCUUUUCGUAUCCUAGCCAUUUGUUUGCCAAUGCUGGUGACUGCACAAUCAUUGUGGACUGUAUAUAGCAUGCAAGAAAGAUCUUUCUUCUGGUGGGCAGUUUUUAAUGGGGUACUAAACAGCUCGAGGAACAUUCCCCAAUGCUCCGUGGAAGGACGCGGCUCACGAUAUCCAAAUAUAGAAUUCAUUUACUUCUAGCGAGCGUCUUUACCACGAAAUAAUGCCAUUCAAAAAGCAUAAUCCGCGUGAGACUGAGCGCGAAAGAGUGCAGUGAAUAUUUGGUCGGUUUGGAGCCAUUACUUACUUUUUGCGACAACAGUUUUUGCAAAUAGUUCACCGUUGGCAACGAAUCGCACACUGGAUUAAAAAAAGUACACACUGUAUACCUGUUUAUUGCCCUUUUAACAUGUUACAACUGUGAGCAUGGGUAUCAUUUGAGCCAGCAGUGUUCUGGAACAGUAGAAAAAAAUGUUCAGGAGUCUGAGUGAUAUUCCGCACUUGUCAUACAGGCGAAUCUAGUUCAGGGAAGGCGGAGGGCUCUAGCAGUUUCGAUACAAACGGAUUGUGGAAAAUCAUGGCAGAGCUGACUACCUCGAAAUAUAUCUUUGGCAGGCUACCAGCCAAAGUGGAUGAAUGACUGAAAUGAAAUGAAAGUCGAUGAAAUGACAACCGGUCCCUGAAGGUACCGGUUCAAUAAUUCCUGCCUACGAAAAACGUAAUAGAGGAGAUUAAGAACCCAGUAUCAUUUUUCUAGUGUAAAUAUGACAAGUUGGUCACUAAUUGCUCCCAGUGUGAGGCCGAAAUUACGGAGAUAAAGGCAGAGAUGUCUUCAUUAAAACCAACUGUAUCUGCUGAAUCUAAGGACUUAAUGCAAUUGCGAUCUUCAUUAAAAGAGAUACUUAACAAUAUAGCAGGCACUUGAACUCAGGAGUCGUCGGAAUCCCCAUGACGCCCGAAGAGAACGACGUUACCUUCGCCGAAUUAGCCAGGAAGCUCAAAGGAGCUUUAGAGUGCUGAAAUACCUCUUGACGAUAUGAAAGAUUCCGACAUCAUUCGAAUAAUGCAAAACGAACGAAAAUCUUCCGUUCUGCAGUUUGUAAUUAAAACAUGAACAUAAGUGCCUGUUUCGACGUUCCCCUUUCCUUCCUCCGAAUCGUCGUAAAACGUCAAAGCUACGUCACUUGCCGUGCAUCCAAUUAUCAAAGCAAACAUAUUGCGAGAGGGGGAGAGGGUAUGUCGAAGUAUGUUUCCGGUGUUGGCCACAAGAGAGUCGAUGAGUUCAAAGAGAGGCAUAGGCAGGAUGAAUGAUGAUGCGACGGCGGUGCAGUAGAGUGGUCUUUCGGCGAGGUCCGUUUCUUGAAGAAAACGCACGAGGUUGCGAGUUUUUGUAAUUCGUUCUGCGUAAGAACCUUCGGGAAAGAGGACGUCCGUCACUAUGCCAGGCCUGGAGUGUGGUAUAUGCGCGGCAUUCUUUCAGGAUGUUGCGGGAGCUGCCCCUUCCCGCAUUUCUUUGUCCAAUCAACGCGAUGCGAGGGAAGCUCCGACUUUGCUGUGACGCAUAGGGAUACAGACCCCGCAUUCAUCCUCCCCGCCAGUUGAGAUACAUAGCCGAUAUGCGUGGAAUAACAACGGUUUAAUAAGAGGAAAUAGAGACGAGACAGUUCAUGCUGUAAGCUGUGCUUCCUGGCGAAUCAGCCGGAAUAAUCACACUGAGGUCGUGCUCUUCCGCAUCGUCUUUGGUGCCCGCCAACCAUCCCACUAGCGCUACUACAGUGUAGUACACUCUACACUCGUUAUUAUGACACUCGUUAAUAUGACAUCCUCACUUUGUGAUCGUUUUUCUAGGGAACCGUUUCUUCCCCAUAGGGGCACCAUGUCUAUCUCCCUCCUUAUUAUGACAUCUCGUUAAUCAGACUAUGACCGAACUUCUGGGGACGGGUCGGGUAGGACACGUGUAUUCUAUCCCCCGUAAUUAUGACUACCUCACCGUGUAUGAACACACCUUUGGAGACGUAAGGAGGAGAAUACUGGCGUUCUGCCCCUAUUGUGAACGCCAACCUUGCACCCCUUCUGUUCCAGAAAGUACGGCGGCCCCAGGUGGCGCAUGUGUGGACGAUAUGGCGUCCAAAGCACAACCCCGCUUUCUGGUGAAUUCAUUGUGAGUUCUUGCACAGAAAACAAUACUUAAAAAGAUAGGACCGAUUUCUCUCGGAAAUAAAAUGUAAAUAAUCCACUAAAUCAUCUGCUUGUUAGAAUAUGUAGUAGGUUCACAGGCGGUGUGUGUGUGUGGGGGGGGGGGAACGAUGUUUUCUGGGUGUUUCUCGCUAUUAUGACAAUUCGCUUUAUGACCAAAAUCGACAUAAUCUCACCGCUCUAUCGCUCUGGUGCACCUAUCAUCCACAGUGCACCUCCGGCCCAUCAGUAUCGUUCAUCCUGCCUCUGCCUCACUGUGAACUCAUCAACUCUCUUGUCCUUUUUUUUUUUUCGUGGUGGUGGUGGGGAGGGGGGGGUGAGGGGCUAUAGUCGUGACGAUGCCCACUAGUGUGCGGCCAACAUCGGCUAACUACUCCGCAACCUUCCCUCCCCCUUUCUGUUUUUAGAGUGUAGAAUUAUUCCUCUAGUGUGGUUCUUUUUGUAUGCAGGUAUCAUUACUAUGUGAUCCUUUCGUGAAUGCCUUGUAUUUAACGAUUUGUACCUUGUGCAAUCCGUCGACACGCGGUUGUAACGUUUUUGGGGGUUGUGCGUUUGUCAAGCGGCUUUAUCGACGCUUUUGGGCCACCUUGCCCCUAAAAAUUUCAUUUUCACAGUUUACAAUAAAGUGAUUUGAUCUGA